AUGGCGGGCCAGCCGCCGGGUCCGGGCCCGGGCCGCGGGUGGGCGCGCCCGCCGCACCCGGCGUCGCCGUUCCGGCCGGCGUCUCCGUACGGCCCCAGCCCGCCGUUCGCGGCGUCGCCGUCGCCCUACGGCCCGUCGCCGCCGCCGCCGCCGGGGCUGCUGGUGCGCCGGCCCAUGUCGCCCGCGCGGCUGCCGCCCAGCCCGGGGCCGUACCUGCCCUGUCCCAGGCCGCGGCCGCGCUGGGCCAGCCCGGGGCCCCUGCCCUACAGGAUGCCGCCGCAGAGCCCGUCGCCGGUGAUGUGUCCGUCGCCGGAGUACCUGUACGCGUUCCCGCCGCCGCCGCCUCCGGGCUACGACAUGAUGGGCUACGUGCCGCUGGAGCCCCCGGGGCCCCCGGAGGACCCGGCGGCGCAGACCGCAGCCAUCAUCGCCAGCCAGUCGCAGGACUACGUCGACGAGAAGCUCGCAGAGUACCAGGCCACCAUACAGCAGCUGCAAGAACCAUCUCAACUGUUAGCCCUUUAA